GUGAGCACUCAUUAUUUUGUCUGUUCUGUAAAAAAAAACGUGGACUUCUAAAAGUUGCGUAGUUCACUUAAAUUUUAUUGAUUAUUUCAGUUUAUGUGAAUGAUUCCAUUAACAUGAAUCAAGAGGAAGAAACUUCGACAAGAGUUACUCGAGGUGCUCUGCGACGUCGCUCGAUCGAUCAAGACACAUCCGCUGGCACACCGAAAAAAACAGUCACCAAAAAAGCAACGGUGCUCAAUACCAUACAAGAAAAAGAUACAUCCUCAGAUACACCAGUCAAAGAUCAAAACGCUAGUAUUGAUGAAUCAAUCAAAAAUCAGAGAGAUACACCUGCAGCUUCCAAGGCAUCCGUUAGUAGAUUAAGAUCUCGCACAACUUCCUUAACAGAAGAAAAUUUAGCUACGUGGGAUGAAUUGCAGGAGACUCGUCGAACCCCGCGUCGGCGACCUUCACAAGACGUUACACCACAAACAGCUCCACAAAGUAAUAGGCGAAUAACCCGGCGAAACAGUGCCACAUCGGAAGACGCUCUCAUCACAACUCCAAUUGCUUCCCGGUCUCGACUCAGCGUUGCACCUCCCACAAUCGCCGAGGACGAUGAAAAAGAGGAUAAAAUUAACAGCUCCAAUACGGAAGCAGAGCUGUCAGAUCUGGAUGUACGGAAGCUUCGAAAUCGUUCUAUUUCUAACUCACCAGUUCCCAGAACAUCGCCGUCUUUGAAAAAUACUUCCCAAACACUUGCUGAGGAAAUUCUUUCCACACCCAAACAAGCGAAGGUUGUCUUAACAGACAUCGGCGAAAAGCAGUCGCCUUUGAAAUCCCCGACAAGCGACCUCAAUAUCUCGUCAAAAUCUGUUGAAAACAACGAAAGCUUAGUUAACCAAUCCAGCGCAUCAAUUCAGUUUGACCACGCUAACGGCGAGACGGCUGUCAAUGGUAAACAGCCGGAGAAAAACGUUACCUUUGAUGAGAAAACCACACUGGAGUGGCAGAAUCCAAGCGCAUACCCAAAAACACCGAAAGCCUCCGGCGAGCGUAAAACUUCACGCUUCACGGGGCGCUCCGUGGAAGCAUCACCGCAACCGCAGGACUCAUCAAAAGUGACACCGGAAAUGUUUGAUAUUGCUGAAACAGAUAGUGAUUCUCCGUCAAAACCGAACUCCACAACGGUAGAGACCAAGCCAGUAUCGGUUCUGGUGGUACAGGAUUCGCCGCAAGUGCAUUCUACGGAACCAGCUCCCGAGCAUGCCGGGGAACAGCAGCAACUAGACCGAAGCAUGGACGUUUCCCUAGCGAACAUUGUGGAGAACGUCCGGGAGAAUUUGAAUCAAGCUGAUCAUUCUAUGAGCAUGCUCGACACACCACGUCCGGUAGAUAAGCAAAAAUCUCGUCUAACCCGGGAGAUGCCCUGCAGUACACCGUUGCUCACGGUGACGGAAUCUGCUACAGAAAAUAACGAGGAAACCGUCGCUGAAGUCGGAGUUUCAAAAGAAAACGUAGAGCCUGAUAAUUCUAAUCUCUCGAAAUCUUGGAGCAAGGCUGUCAAAGGUAGCACCACUGAUAAGGGCAUUGAUGUAUUUAGCGUGCGAAAACAAGAGGAAGAGGAACGCAAGGACGAGGAAAUUAGAGAGUUGAAUGAGUCUUUGAAACGUAAGUCACUUGACGGCCGGACGAAGGAUGAAGAGGAGAUUGAACAAAAUGAAGAAGAUGACUGUAGUGAUGCGGAAGAACACGAAGAUCAGAACAGUUUCGUAGAAAAUGAAGCCAUAGAGGUAAAUGAUUAUCAUUCGGGUGAUUCGCUAGACAGUGAAACACGAGCUGAAAUUGACGAAAAUGCAAUUGUCGAAGAAGGAGAAAGUAUUGGUAGCCAAGACAGUGACGAUGAUGAAGAUGGUGAAGGUGAAGAAGAUGAGAAGGAUUCGUUUAUUGUUUCUGAUGAAGACGAGCACAGCUUACUUGAAGUUUCCGGAGAUGACUUAGCUGAUGAGUCUGCAAAGUCAAUUAAAAAGAAAAGAUCGCGAAUCCUUCAACAGGAGGAUAGCAGCGAUGAAGACAACGAUUCGAAUAAAAUGGAUGAACCCGAAAAUGGUUUACCUACCGCUUCACCAGAACGGUCAAACAACGUAUCAGUUUCAGCCUCGAAAUCGCCUGGAAAAUCUCCCAUAAAAACUGCAACUCAAAGUCCCAUCAAAUCUGCUGGUGAGCAUAAUUCCCCGCAGAAGAAGAGAAAAGAAAUAGAAAAUACUGACGGUUUGUCGAAAAAGGAAGCUGGUUUCAAAUCCCGUAAAUCUAUGCCGGUUGCAAAGUUGAUUUCCGCAGACUUUUAUGUUUCAUCGCCGAAGAAGAAUAAACGGAAUACGAUCAAUGUGAUGACUUCCGAGGAAAGCGAACUUGCCGAUAAGCCCGUGCAGAAACCAAACAAGCGUAAAUCGGUUAAUGACAUUGUCGCAAACCCUGCAGCAUUGGCUCUAGCUAAAAAGAACAAACGGCAUACGUUGGAUGCCACAUCAAACAACGCAACUAGUAAAAGCGAUAAGCGAGUUUCGCUACCUGGAAAUUUAUCGGUAGAGAAGGAAUUAACGUUUUUGCAAGAGGAGCAAAGAUCCUUAGUAGAACCGAUGGAAGUAGAUGAAGAUCCGAUUGAGGAGCAACAGCCGGACGAAAAUGCGGAACCGAUAAAAGAGAUCAAAAAGAAACCCAAGGAUCUCAGCGAGUUUGAUCAUGAUGCCAUCCUUUCGCGGUGCAACGAAAUCGUUCGUGCUGACAAGGAAAGAAAAAAGCAAACUGCAACACUGCGGCAGAAGAAAAAGGACGAAAAACGUCGCCAACGUGAGCAACAACAGUUGGAAGAAUCGACCGAAGCAAAUGACGAAUCGUUGGAGCAAUCAAGGAAAAAGAAGAAAAAGAAAAAGAAGCAAAUUAAUUAUCUUUUGGAGGAACUUGGAGAACCGAAGGAGGAUCAACUUGCGAAAGCGUUGCAGCGCAGGGCGGCUUUACUUGAGGCGAAAAAACUUCGGAAGAAAGCGAAAAAAGCUGCCAAACUUAAACAGCAACUGAACAAGGAAAACCAACAAAACGAAAAACCCAAGCCUUCAGGUAUUGGGGCUAAAUUUGAGAAAAAAGCAAAAAAGAACAACGACCUUACCGACAAGGCAAUAAGUCUCGCGUCCAAUUCUAUACCAGCAGAACCAAAAGUUAAAAUAUUGAUAUCUGCUCACGCCUUCUAUAGUGAACAAAUCGAGGAACUUAAAAACGAACAGAAAUUUGGCAAAAAGAAGAACAAGCAGCUAAAGGAGAAGAACAACCAGCAAUCAGCUGCCGAAGAAGCUCAGAAAGCUCUGGAUGCCAAAAUAAAGAAAGGCCCCAAGUGUACAGAAUCAAAGGACCCAGAAACCCAAAUCACCGCUCAAGCAUCAAAUGAAAAAGCUAGCAGCAAUAGAAGCGAUAAGAAGCCCAAAGACAAAAAGAAAUCUAAACAUGCUGAAAAUUCACCACAGAAAAAUAUCGCUGAAGAACCAACAAACAUUAAAAGGCGUGCAGAUUCAAUGAAUAAAUCAAUCGAACAAGCACAUCAUUCCAAGGAAACCCAGCACAAACGCACAAUUUCCGACGUGAUGAAGGUCCCAGUCGAUCUGGAUGAUGAUCUGGCCCAACUGAGGGUAUCCCUCUCGGAACCAAUCGGAAAGGUAGUGAAAAAGCAGAAACUAUCUCAAAAGGAGUCGGUUCCGGUGCAACAGAUCAGUGUAGAAAAGACUCCACCGCGAAAAACUACCAAUGGCCAAAAGCUAAAAAUGCUUAGUCGGUUAGAGUCUGGUGGCUUCGUCGAGGAACCGAUGACACCGGAGCAGCAAUUGCUCAAGCGAAAUCUUGGUUUCAAGGAAGAACCGGUAACACCCAAACCAAUCGGGUUCCGAGUGUCAAGCAUUCUUCCCGCUGGUCAAGAGGAAAUGCGCAGCCAAGCAGUGGCGGCUAAAAAGCUGAAGAAACAUUCGCAAUCACAUCGGAUUCGCCCGGAUAAUGUGACGGAACCCGUCAAAACGCUUCCACUACCCGUAUGGACCCGAUCGGGAUCAUUUGAGGUUGAAGAUGUUGGCAACAUCAAAAAGAAGUCCACGGCCAGAAAGCCCUGCAUUCCGCUCAAAACAGGAUCAAGCAAGGUGGCCACUGAAUUCAUGGUACAACCUUUGCAACCCGUUCGACAAGCUGACUCAGAUAGUCGCAAGAAACUUCCGCCACGGCAGAUCGAGCAGAUCGAUGCAAAGCAGGCGAUGUAUGAUUUUAAAAAGCAAGCCAUCCUCGCCAAAAAUGCACAUCUUAGAGAGAAAAAACCGAAGCAUUGAAAUUGUAUUUUUAUGUUGUCCUUUAAGGCUGAAAUGCCUUCUUGACUUAUGGUCCCAGUUAUACUGUUCAGUCGAUGCAUUGGAAGUGUUCCAUUAUAGGUUUUAGUUGCAUUUAUAAUAAAUCAUU